AUGACCGGAAGUUACAAACGGCAGGAAAGCAAAAGUUCAACAUUGUUUACAAAAGAUAAACAGGAGAUGAUUCAUCUAGAGGGGAUCAAAGAACAUCAGAAUUUUGAGGAAGAAUUGGACCAUUUGUUGUCUGACUCUAGUUUAAAUGGUGGCUCUGACCCUGUUCUUAAACAUUACCAAGAUAAGCAAAACUCAGUGAAUGAGUUGAUACAAUGGUUGCAUAAGAAACAUAACCUAGAAUGCUUGGAGGAUAUGUCUUUUCAAGAGUGGCGUGAUGUUGCCUUUGUUAUUGAUCGCCUGCUGUUUGUUAUUUUCCUGAUUGUGACAAUAGUGGCAACUGCUGGUAUUCUAAGUCUUCGCCCGGAGCAAUCACUCAGUGGGUUUACAGAAAUCAAAAUUAAAUGA